CUUUAUGGGUGGUUUCAAAUAUGUUGUCCUAUACCUAUCAUCUUUUAUUUUGAAUUCCUAACCCUUCAACAUAGUUCCUCAAUUCAAAUGGCUUCACCCCAAAAAAGACUAGGAGAAUUUCUUAAUGAGCAUCAAGAACCUUUCAUGCUAGAGCUAUACCUUGUAGAAAGAGGAUACUUAAAUGAAGAUUCAUUCAAAAAGAGAAAGAAAAAGGUUUUAUUACCAUUUUCCAAAUUUCUAGCACCUAUAGUUAACAAGCUAGUUUUUCAUAGCCAAGGUAGAGACAAUGGUCAAAGAAAAAAACAUGCAAGUUGCAAUGUUCAAAUUUCAUCAGCUAGUAGCAACUCUACUAUGUUCAACUCAUGCUCAAAUGUUGAUGAAGAAGGAACUUCAAUAUCAUCACAUAAAGAUCACCAAUUAUGUUCUUCCCAUAUUCAUCAAGCUUGCAAAGAAUGCAACAUGAGAUGGGAGAGACAGAGAUGCAUAGAGGGAAAGAUACCUCUAGAAAGUGAUUCCAAUGUGGACAAGGAUGUUGGGAAAAUGCAACAGAGAAGAACAAGCAUGCCUAAGAAAAUGACAGGGGACUCACUAUUAUCAGCUGCUAUAUUGAAUUUACUUGGUGCAUCAAUAAAGAAAGAAGAUUGCAGUAACCAGUUGCAAGAGUAUAUUCCUAAGCCUAAUGUUUCUCAAGUAUUAAAAUCCAAAAAGGCAUCACGCAAGUUAAAAAAGCUUCUAUUUGAUUGUGUUAAAGAUAUCACAAUAACACUUCCAACAAAAGAGGUCAGAAAGCAAGUUUGCAGAAAAUCAAUGGGGCCUAUAGAGUUUGAGAAACUGACUUGUAAAGGAACAAGAGAAUGGAGACAAUAUAGUGAAGAUGGCUUAAUGUCUUUAUUCACUAUUGAUUACUUGGAUUCAAUAAUGGAAUGGAAUAAGUUUGAACAAGAAGUUAGGGACAUUAGCUUUGAGAUUACUGAUGCAAUUUUGGAUAUUAUCAGCAACGAAAUUGCAUUAGAAAUGAUUGGAACUUUACCACCUUAAUUUCAAAUCAUUAUGAGUUCUUUAAUUUUAUUUUAUGCAGUAGUCAUGUAAAUAUUUAUGCAUAUAAGUCAAGUUAACUUUAGUUCUUAGUCUUACUUAUCCAUCAAGUAAAUAUUCUUUUUUAGUUUCUUUUUAUAAUAGUUUUAUUUAUUGACAAUUUAAUAUUAUGCACAUUAUUACUUGAAAUCCAACAUCUUAUAUAUAAAUAUUGUUAAAAUAUAAAAAUUUAUUAGAGUAUUGAA